UCUUUUAUUGGUCUGCGCAGGCAUGCAGGCAGGUUUGAUGUGGGGAAACGUUUAUCUCCGUGCAUGAGGGCAGAAACUCCCUCCUGACUGUGACAGGACGGUUCGGGUUUUGCUUCUCCCUGCAGGCUUCAUCUGGGUGUCGACAGUAACUCAUCCUGGUAGUCCGCUGACUGAACUUUGCAGUUGCAGCGGAGGAUCCAAACCAGCAGCGCUGUAGCUCCUGCAGUCAAACCUGCAGGUCUGCAAACCGCCAUCAGCCGCUGGGCGAAGCUCAGAAGGUGUAAAGUUUUCAUGCCUCUGAUUGCGUUCCUGUGUGGUCGUAUGCAUCGCCAUGAAGCACCAGUCCAUUUCCCGCUGGCUGAGCCAACUUGGACUGCCGCAGUACUGCAUGCUGUUGGAACAGGAAUAUGAUGGUGUAGAGGAUCUGCUCCACCUGUCAGAAUACGACCUGCUGGAGCUGGGCGUCCACAAUCACCUCCACCGCCUACACCUGCUGACUUCCCUGCACCUCCUGCACGAGCGAGAGAGGAGGAGAGAGUUGAGGAUGAUGGCUGAGGGGCGUUUUGCCAGUCUGCCCCGGUCGCUACAUGCACAUCCUCACGCCAUGGGAGGAGGCUCCGCCCACUCCGGAGGCCCCGGCUCCGCCCACAGCGUCUCCCCCAGAAAACUCAAUAUCCCCAUGGAUCUCCACGGCUCCAAUCCCUGCAUCCCUUCAGGUCAGGAGGUUCCUGCUGCAGCCUACCAGUCGGUCUCGCUGCACGGGACGCUGCCUCGUCGCAGGAGAGGCGGAGCCAACGUCGGCCUCAGCAACCACGCAUGGGACCUGAAGACCAAUCAGACGCAGCCCGCCGCGUCUUCACUGGGUCAGAAUAUCAGCGAUGACUUCAAGAGUUGCAGGGAUCCGGUAGCCGCCCUGGAUGCUGCUGUCGACUACGUUAAGUUCUCCAGGGACCAGUUCAUCCUGGACUGUUCGUUGGAGAAGCUGCGCAGAGAGCUGGAGGAGGAGCUGAAGAUGAGCAGCGAGGAGCCAAGGAGUCACGCCUGGUACCACGGCGCCAUUCCCAGACAGGUCGCAGAGGGCCUGGUGCAGCGUGACGGAGACUUCCUGCUGCGGGAUUCGCUCUCCAGCCCAGGGAGCUUCGUUCUGACCUGCCAGUGGAGAAACGCCGCGCAGCACUUCAAGAUCAGCAAGAAGGUGGUGAUCCUGAAUGAAGCGUACUCCAGAGUGGAGUACCUGUUGGAUAAGGAAGGGUUCGACAGCGUUCCUGCGCUCAUCAGAUUCUACGUUGGCAACAGAAAACCCGUCUCACAGGUUGUUGGUGCCAUCAUCUUCCAGCCGAUCAACAGAACGUUCCCGCUGCGCUACUUGGAGGAAAAGUAUGGACUGUCGAGCAACCACAAAGAGGCGGGGCUGAUGGUGCAGGAGAGGCGGAGCCAGAACCGCCUGAGCCUCAACAUCACCAACGGUCACGAUGGCGCGCACGGCGUCCACGACGGCCAUCACGGACGCCAGGACAACGGCUUCGUCCGCGGCGCCCAGCUCAGGUUGACGGAUCGCUGCGGCAGUCAGCCAGCGAGUCUCAAUCAAGUCCAGGAGAAGCGACGUCCCCUGAAGGCGCACCAAUCAGAAAGCUUCCUGCCUCUGGGAACCAAACAGCCGCCCCAGCAGUCCGCGGACCCGCUGCUCACCAGCCCCGGACCAAAGUCUCCGGUGUUUCGGACCGGCAGUGAGCCGGUCCUGAGCCCAUCAGCCCAGCGUAGAUCUGCAGAACCUUUAGCAGGUCAAGCGAUCCGUGGUUCUGACAGCCAGCUGUGUCCCAAGCCGCCUCCCAAACCGAGCAAAGUGCCCCAGACCCGGCUGCCCCUCAUGCCCCCCUCAGGCAGCUCUGGGGAAAACCCGGCUUCCUCCAGGAGGAGUGGAGCUCCGCCUGUUCCUCCUGUGAAGCCCCAGAAGUUUCGACAUUUUCCUCUUGCAGAUUCCCGCGGUCCGUCCAUCUCUGUGGUUUCUCCUCCUGGAGUUGUCCAGUGUCCAGACUCGGAGCUGGCAUCAGGAAGGACGGAGCGGCUGCAUCCGCGCCCAGCCGACCUCCGGUCCUGCAGCCCACCGGAACCGGACUGGGACCGCCAGACGUCAUGUAGCUACGUGGAGCGGCUGAAAACCGACAGCGAGGCGGCGGGCCAGAAAACGCUCGACAGAAGUUCCUACCACCACGCCAUCGCCGCUUUGGAAAGCACGAGCGAGGAAGAGGAGGAGGAGGAAGAAAAGGCAAGGCGCGGGUUUCUGCGGCCGGUUCUGGAGACGGAGUCGGCGUUCAGGCCGGCGGAGUUUGAGUCACGUCUGCUGCCGCCUGAAAACAAACCGCUGGAGAUGGCGGUGCUGAAGAGAGCGAAGCAGCUGCUGCUCAGCCACGACCACCAGAGCAUCGCCACACACCUGCUGAUGGCCAACUGCCAGGUGGCGCGAAUCCUCGGAGUGACUCCUCAGGUCAAAGGUCGGAUGGGCGUUUGCUCGGGUCUGGAGCUGGUGACGCUGCCGCACGGCCGCCAGCUGAGGCUGGACCUGAUGGAACGGCACCACACCAUGGCGAUCGGCGUCGCCGUGGAUAUUCUGGGAUGCACCGGCACCUUGGAGGAGCGGGCGUCCACCUUGAAUCGCAUCAUCCUGGUCGCCAUGGAGCUGAAGAACGCCGUCGGCGAUCUGUUCGCCUUCUCGGCCCUCAUGAAGGCUCUGGACAUGCAGCAGAUCAGCCGCCUGGAGGAAACCUGGACGACUCUACGAAGGAAUUACACGCAGACCGCCAUCAGCUACGAGAAAAUCCUCAAACCUUUCUACAAGAGCCUGUAUGAAGGAGAAGCCUCCUCUCCGUCUGUGGUCUGCAUCCCUCUCCUCCUGCCUCUGCUCACCCUGAUGGAGCGACCGUCUACCACGCCCGAAGGCGUGGAGCUCUGGGAAACCAGCGACCAGGGAUGUGACAUCAUGCUGCGCCACCUGGAGGCGGCGCGCGACGUCGCAAACAACGCUCAGAGCUACACGUCCAACGCAGAGAAGAUCCUAGAAGGGUUUCAGUUCGACGAAGAUCUGCUGGAAGUUUUUAAAACGGACUUCCAGCUGCGGCUGCUUUGGGGGAGCCGCGGAGCAGCCGUCAACCAAUCAGAUCGCUACAACAAGUUCAACCUCAUCCUCACCGCGUUGUCCAGGAAACUGGAGCCUGUGACCAAAACACAACUAACUAACUAAAGAACAGAGCAAAGCCUCAAACCACCGAGCCACUAGCAGCUCAAAACAAAAAAACGUAAAACGACUUCAGUGAUCAGGUCAGUUUUAUUUAAUCCAGUAUUAAAUAUUUACCACAAUAUCUUAGAGGAAAAACUGCAUUAAUACUAAAACUAUGAAGGUUUGUUGUAGAGCGACAGGUUAAAACAGAAACCGAUGCAGUCUAUAUAACAGAUCACAAAGUAUGGAGGAGUGAUCCUGCCAAGAUUGGCAAUAAAUAUAGAAAUAGAUAAAUGGUUCAAUAAAGUAAUUUUGCCAAAAGUUGCACCCAAAACAUAAA